AUGUCUCCUGCAUCCAAGUCGAAGUCCAAAGAUAAAAAAUCCAGCAAGGACUCUCAGAAGGCUUCUGCAAGGCCUUCUGGACCUGCUAAUGCAGCUAGUGGUGCUCCAGCUAGUGCUUACAAUCCACUUUUGGGAACAUUCCAUACCAUUGAAACAGCACCAUCAUCAUCUGCUUCACCUCUUCAGAGCAAUGGUCGUUUCCGAAACAUAGAAGACACAGAUGAGCAUUUGGGAGGCUCACUUGGAGCUGGGAUUGAGUUUGAUUCAAUAUCUAAUAAUGGUAGCUGGUCGGGUGAAUCAGAAGAGCACAAAGAGAAAACUUCAAAUCUUCCCGUCCGGCCGGAAAUAAUACCAGGAGCUGACAAUGAUAAGCGAGAAAAAAUUCGUCAAAAGAAUGAGAGGAAACAUCAGCGUCAGAAGGAGAGGCGAGCUCAGGAGUUGCACGAGCGAUGCAAUGGCUAUCUUAUGUCAAGAAAGCUUGAAGCACUUGCUCAGCAGCUUGUAGCAAUGGGAUUUUCUCAUGAUCGGGCUACAAUGGCUCUUAUUUUCAAUGAAGGCAAAGUGGAGGAAUCUGUGGCGUGGCUUUUUGAAGGAAGUGAAGAAGAAGCAGUUAAGCAUAAGGAAUCAACUAUUGGUGGUGGGAACUUAAAAAUUGACAUAUCAGAAGAGCUUGCACGAAUUGCUGACAUGGAAAUCAGAUACAAGUGCACAAAGCAGGAGGUUGAAAGAGCAGUUGUUGCUGCUGAAGGCGAUCUUGAGAAAGCGGCAGAAUCCUUAAGAUCUUCAAAGCAGGACCCACCUGCUCCAGCAAAGCCGGAAGAAACUUGUGAUCCUGCUGGUACCAACAAGGUAUCAGUGGCAGGUAGUCAGAACAUAUCUGGAAGGCCACAACCAAAACCAAACCUUUCUCCUGCAAUACAGCAAAGAAGGGAUGAGAAAGAUUUUAACUAUGUAAAAUCCACAGUUCCGGUGGGAGUUUCUUCAGAAAUAGUGAGCAAAAGUUUCCAGCCAUUGAAGAGAAUACAGCCGAGGUUGGAAUGGGCAAAACCCCAACAAAGUGCAGUGCCAGCUGAGAAAAGGUGGCCAAGUUCUGGAUCGAAUCCUUCAGUUUCUUAUUCCCUGGCAUCACCUUUGCAGGCCUCACCUCCGCUAGCAAAGACAGAAAGCCGUAAUGUGGCUGUUGGAAGUGAUUAUAAGAAACUUCAGCCCUCAAUUAGGGAACCAGUUAUGAUGAUGCAGCGGCCUCAAUCUGUAAAUACAAAGCAGGUUCCAGCUACUUGUAUAAGCUCAUCUCCUCCUGGAACGACCCCCUUUUUGUAUCCAAGCAGUAGUGUUGAAAUUACAAAGUCUAAUGGCUUUAUGCCCCAUAUUGCAAGUGCUAGAGGCCUUAGUUCCAACAGCUUGAGUUCAAAUCCGAUGCAUCCCCAGCUUUACUAUCCACAGCAGCAACAGUUCUCAAGCAGCAGUAGUCCAGGAGAUUCACCUGGAACUAGCAGAGGAAAUGGUCUAUGGAGUAGAACAGGUGGAUCACCAACACUCGCGGCUGCAUCGUCACUUGGACUUUUCACUGGUUCAGGUUCUACCAAUUCAUCAGGAGCCUCUUCUCCGGUUGACUGGAGCAGUGGUAGCUCGAUGGCUCAGUUGGAUUAUACCAAUAUUGAUUGGAGCUUGGAUCGCACAUCUCCGAGACCUGGUGGGAUAUGGCUAGGACCAACAUCUCCAAUGAAGAGCAGUCACCUUUAUUAUCGUAAUACAAAUGGACUGAGUGUUAAACCAGGAAUGAGAUUGACGCCUAAUGUGAGUGCUGUAGCAAUUGCGGGUUUACAGGAUGGUGGAGUGGCUGCAGCAGAAGCUUCUUCAACUUCGGUGUCCCAUGAGUGGACUUCACCAUUUGAAGGGAAAGAUCUUUUUAGCUUACCCAGGCAGUAUGUUUCUUCUCCCACUCUCUAGGGUCGGUGGGGAAAAGAUUUUAUGAAAUAAAAAUGAAAGAAUGAAAAAGACAAAAUGUGUUUGGAUUUGAUGUUA